GGGGCUGUUUAUUACGGUAAAGCAGCAAACAGGAAGUGACGUCACGCCGCGGCUCGAUGUUUUGAAGAUGUCCGCGCGGAAAUGACAGAAAGUGGAGCUCAGCUGUUUGCCCGUCUGGAAGCUCGGCGCUGUCUGAAGGAUAUUGAACCUCGUCUGUUUCCUGAAGAUGGAGGACCUAACCACGGUGAGGUGGUGGAGCUGUACGGGGCGGAGGGAACAGGUAAGACUGAGAUGCUCUACCACCUGCUGUGUCGCUGCGUGUUGCCCGUGGCUAGUGGCGGUCUUGAAGUGGACGUUGUGUUUGUGGACACUGACUACAGCCUGGACAUGUUACGACUCGUCAGCAUCCUGGACAACAGACUGAAUUCAGCUCGCUCGCCCUCGGCCGGGUCAGACGAGGCGGUGUUGCGUUCGUGUCUGUCUCGUCUCCUGGUCGUCCACUGCUCCUCCUCCGCUCAGCUCCUCCUCACCCUCCACUUCCUGGAGACCACCUUGUCCUCCAGACCCGGCCUGGCCCUCCUCCUCAUCGACAGCAUCUCUGCCUUCUAUUGGCUGGACCGCAGUGAGGGCGGGGCCAGCUUCAGCAGGCAGGAAGAGAGGCUCAGCAAGUGUGCGGAGCUGCUGGGACGACUGCUCAGGGAUUAUAGAAUCACCGUCUUCGCCACCUGCCACGCCAUCAGGAGGAGGAGCCACAGUGGACCGCCCUCCUCCUCUGAGAGCGACCGGCCCUUCCUCUGUCGCCCCUGGCAACGGCUGGUGACCCAUCGGCUGGUGUGCUCCUCCAGACAGGAAGCUCCAAACAACAACAACAACAACAUGGCUGCAGCAGCAGGAAGCAGCGAGGAGCCAAGGACACGGCAGGUCUUCACCGUCCACGCCACCGCCGCUGCCUCCUCCUCCACCACCUCCUCCUCCACCGCCUCCUCCUCCUCCCCCAGGACAAAGACCUACAGGAGCAGCUCGUUCUACGUGACAGACGGAGGAGUGGAGUUUAUCUGAACUGAGAUGUUGAGGGUUUGAUUUCUGUGUUAAUGUUUUUCUACACUUCAUUAAAGGUCGUUGUGAUCCAGUAGGAGGAGGAGUUACGUUUUCAUCACGCCGAUCGAUAACAGAUACUUCAGGGGGGGCGACGGGGUGGUCACACAUCACCACGCCCCUUUUAACCUUUGAUACAAAACGAGUACAAAUAACAACAAUAAUGAUUCCUGUUUGAAACCACGGCAACAACCAAAGAAGUCUGAGGCACCCUAUAACAACUAAAAUAUAUAUAUAUAUAUAUAUAUAUAUAUUAUAUAUUUUAGGGCUGGGCAACGAUUAAAAGUUUUAAUCACGAUUAAUCGCAUUGUUAUAGCAAAAUCCAACAAUGAAUUCAAAAGUAGUGUAUAGCGCACUUUUAUUGUAAAUGUACUUCUCAACUUAAACAAUGUAAUCAAAGCAAAUAAAUACAAAACUAAAGCUUAUUGCCAUUGCAAGGACAUAAUGUCAUCCUGUUUGUUAUAUUAAAAAAAACUGCCCAGAAAGGUUUUAGGCUAAGAGGUAUAAUGAAAAUGUCGGGACGCCAUUUUUAAAGUGGGGGAGAGUGUGACAGGUUGAGAACAUUGAUGUUUAUUGUUUGGUUAUCGAGGACCCCACAAACACUUUUUUGUUGUACUUGUCAUUUUGAAAUUCUUUAGUUUAUAAUCUUUUUGAAUUCAUCUUCAAAGUUGUUAAUGUAUUUUUCUGAACUGCAACAUUAUUUAAGCAGUUGAUGUUGACAUGUUAUUAAUUAAAUGCGCUGCAUAAUCUACACCACUAGGUGGAGUCUGUGAGUGACAGUGACAUGCAGGAGAAGAAGAGUGUUGUUGUUGUGAUGCUCCUGAGUUAGUAAGAAAGCUGUAGUGAUUAUUGAGCAGCUGAAGAGACUCAGAGUGAAUGAAGGUUCUGGGUUUUUGUUAAACGCUUCAAUAAAGUGAAGAGAAGUGAAACGA